AUGUUUGACGGUAUGCAGUCUGGUGAUCAGUUUCAUCAAUUCUUAGCUUCAUCAAGAGCCUCAUUGCCUAUUCCUCUUUCUUUUCCACUUAAUGGAUCAAACCCAUCUGUCAUUCCCAGUUUUGAUCCUUUCACUUCUCAUCAGUUACACCUUCAGUUAGAGUCCUCUUUUAAUAACAAGGUUGAACAGGAUUAUGAAGAACAAACCAGUUUAAUCUCAACUAAUUCAGUGCUCGAAAGAGAGAGAUCUAUGCCGGAUACGGCGAUGACUGCCAAUCUGGGCUGGUCGCAUAAUGAAGUUCUUGCUUUGCUCAGAAUUAGAUCCAACAUUGAGAAUUGGUUUUCAGAUUUCACUUGGGAACACGUUUCAAGGAAACUUGCAGAGCUUGGGUUUAAAAGAACUGCCGAUAAAUGCAAGGAGAAAUUUGAAGAAGAAAGCAGAAAUUUCAACGGUAUAAGCUACAACAACAAUUACAGGAUUUUCUCAGAACAUGAAGAUGAAUUUUAUCCUGAGGAUCAUGAUCAAGAACCCCAUAUUUCUGCAGAAAAGAAUCAACGAAAUCAAGAAGAAGAAGAUAUAGGGGAGAGGAAUAUUGUGGAAAGACAAUCAGAAAGAACUGUAGCUGCAUCUCAAGAAAAUGAAAAACAAGUUGCUAUGAAACCAAGAGAAAACAAGAAGAGAAAAAGAAGAGAAGACAAGUUUGAAAUGUUCAAGGGUUUUUGUGAAGCAAUUGUGAACAAGAUAAUGGUUCAACAGGAAGAGUUGCACAAUAAGCUGAUACAAGACAUGUUGAAGAGGGACGAGGAAAAAAUUGCAAGAGAAGAAGCUUGGAAAAAUCGAUAUAUGGAGAUGAUCAAAAAGGAGAUUGAAAUAAGGGCAGAAGAACAAGCGACUGCUGGGGAGAGACAAGCUGCUAUUAUUGAGUUUUUGAAGAAAUUUACAUCAGAUUCUUGCGAAGAAGAUCAGGAAUUUGUAAUGAAAAUUCAAGAUCUUCUCAAAGUCAACAUGACUUUACCUUGUACAAUUCAAUCUCAUGAUCAAACUACAACUACCCAAGAAAUAGUAGAAGCAGCCACUUCAUCAAGCAUGGCUUUUAUUCACCAAAACCCUAGUUCAAAACCCUGCUCCUCAUCUGUACUGCUCCAAAACCCUAAUCCUGCAAAACCCCAAGAUAAUAAUCAGUUAGAAUUGACACCAUCUUCAAGGAAAAAGCCUUCCCAGAAUUUACACUGUGAAAGUGGAGAUAGUGGCAACAGAUGGGCUAGAGAUGAAGUGUUAGCUCUGAUAAACCUUAGGUGCGAACUGAAUAAUAAUGGUGAAAUUAAGGACGGAGAAAAGGGUCCUUUAUGGGAAAGAAUUUCACAGGGGAUGCUUGAAUUGGGGUACGGGAGGAGUGCCAGAAGAUGCAAAGAGAAAUGGGAGAAUAUAAAUAAGUAUUUCAGAAAGACUAAAGACAGUAGCAAGAAGAGGUCAUUUGAUUCAAGAACAUGUCCUUAUUUUCAACAGUUGAGCAGUUUAUACAGUCAAGGAACCCUCGUCGCCCCAAAUAAUGUGCCGGAAAACCAAUAG